GUUGAGGUACUAAUGUGUCACGUGACCCUCAGCGGCUGUGCUUCCUUACUGGUUCCCGAGCACGAACAGAUUGCCAAUUUCCUUUCCAAAGCGGUGAUUAUAUCCCUCCUGUUUCAUCUCCCUGCACCCCGGCACAAACGCCCCAUACCCCCGAGAUACCCCUGCCGCCCACCUAGCUUAACGAGUACGUUCCCACCCACUACUUCUGCCUCACAGGACAGGCCUGGGAGCCACCAGGGCCAAAGAAAUGUACCCUGCAUCCACUGGACAAAUCCUUUGAUCGGAAGGCUGGCUUUCCACUACUGCCUAUUUAGCUGCUGUCUACGUGAGGGCUGAAGGGUCUGGGACUCGUAACAUUUAAAAAGCGGACUGCCUGUUUUGGGAUUAACUGAAAACCGAAAGUGUGUGCCGACAUGUUUGUUGUUAUCGUUUAAGUUAACGCCAUUUGAAAUAAACUGAACUGGAAUGAUGAGUGGAACACAGCAAAAUGACGCCAAGAGACAGCAUCUGCUUGAGCGGCUACUGGAUGCAGUCAAGCAGUGCCAAAUCCGCUUUGGAGGAAGGAAGGAGAUUGCUUCUGACUCAGACAGCCGGGUGAUCUGUCUUUGUGCCCAGUUCGAAGCUGUGUUGCUGCACGGGCUGAGAAGGAGUCGAGGGCUAGCACUCACUGCUGCCGCUAUCAAGCAAGUAGCAGGAUUCUCCAGCAAAACAGAAACAGAGCUGUCGUUCUGGUUCUACGUGAAAGAACACCUGAACAGGCACGAGCUGCAGCGCUUCUACACGCUGCGCAGCAUCACCUCCGAGGUGGGGCGUGGCCGGGCGUGGCUGCGCUGUGCACUCAACGAGCAUUCGCUGGAGCGCUCCCUGCACACACUGCUGUCCGACCGCACGCGACUUGGUGCUUUUUAUGAAGACUGGGCCUUUAUAAUGGACGAGGAAAGAGCCAGUAUGCUUCCCACUAUGGCUGCAGGACUGAACUCGAUCCUCUUUGCCAUUCAAAUUGACAACACGGACCUGAAUGGACAGAACCGGGCAGUGCCCUCCGUCUCUCACCUGCUGAAGGAGUCGACCCAGGGGGUGAGCAGCCUGUGGAAGGAGUCGACGCAGGGCGUGAGCACGCUGCUCCGCGAGAUCACCACCACCUCCAACACCCGGCCAGAGCAGGAAGCAGACCCUCUGCCUGUGCUGCCCCGCAGCGCCUCCACAGAAAGCCGUCUGAAGAAGGAGCGCAAGAAGAAGAAGAAGGUGACGAACAUAAUCUCAUUUGACGAUGACGACGAGGGGGGCGACGAAGAGGAGUGCGGGGUGAGGAAGAGCGGAAUGGGGCGUGUGAGCUCGGAGGAGAUGGAGCGACGUGACCCUUCCCCCAUGCUGAAUGGGGUGGGGGGUUUGGGGGGAGGACACCCCCACAACGGGCACCGGAUCGACACUAAGAGCAUCGACAAUGAGGAGGAGGAGGAGGAGGAGGAGGAGGAGCUAUAUGGGAAGGCAGCCUCGGGGGGAGAGCUGGAAGAGGAGCCCUUGGUGGGAAGCCUGUCAAGCUUGUCCACAUGCAGCCCCCUGCAAGUCCUAAACGACAAUGACAGUUCUGACCUCUUGCUCCCCAUCAGCACCGGGGAUGCCUACUCACAGUCUGAGGCUGUGGUGGCGAACCUGGGGUACCACGAGGAGCACGGUAAUGCUGCCCUGGCUGUGGAGCUCGCUGAAAGAGCGUCCCAGCUUCAGUUCAGCAUGGAGGACAGUCCCCCAGUGAAAAACAACACUAUGAUCAGCAUACUGCCUCCCUCUGCCCUGCCAGAAUCAAUGUCAGUCACUGAGCUUCGACAGGCCAUAGUCGCCAUGAUGAACAGGAAGAACGAGCUGGAGGAUCAGAACAGCUCUUUGCGCAGCCUGCUGGACGGGGAGAUGGAGCACUCUGCUGCUAUCAGACAGGAACUGGAUUCUGUCAAGAAGAGGCUGGCUGAGCUGGUGGAGAGGCACGCAGUCAAGGUCCAGGCUCUGGGGAGGGAGAACGAGGUUCUGAAAGUGCAGCUGAAGAAGUAUGUGGGCGCUGUCCAGAUGCUGAAGAGAGAAGGGGGGCAGACCAACGACGUGCUCCCGACGCUGAGGAACUGCGAUGGAGAGCCGCCCAUCCCUGAGCCUAAACCGGCCGGGGACUCGGAGGAGUUGGCCGCCAGCUAUGAGCGCAAGCUCAUUGAGGUUGCUGAGAUGCAUGGCGAGCUGAUUGAGUUCAACGAGCGACUGUACCGCUCCCUCAUGGCCAAGGAUCAUCUGGUGGCCCAGAUGAGGCAGGAGCUGAUUGACCUGCGGGGCCCAGUCCCAGGAGAUCUUAGCCAGACCUCCGACGAUCCCAGUUUGUCUGAUUUUGAAACUGCUCACAGAGCCCUCAUCAAUGUGUGGAUCCCCUCAGUGUUCAUGCGUGGACGAGCUUCCAACGCAUAUCACGUGUACCAGGUGUAUAUCCGGAUCCUGGAUAAUGAGUGGAACGUGUAUCGGCGCUACACGGAUUUCCGGACACUGCAUCACAGGCUGCGAUCCCGAUUCCCACAGGUCAACACCUUCAACUUCCCACCCAAGAAGGCCAUUGGAAACAAGGAUGCAAAGUUUGUGGAGGGUCGGCGGAAGCAGCUGCAGAGCUAUCUGCGAAGUGUGAUGAACAAGGUGGUCCAGACCCUGCCCGAGUUCACAGCCAGCCCCACCAAGGAGAACCUGCUUCAGCUCCUGCCCUUCUGCAUGGACACCCCACCUUUGACGGACAGUGGCAACAAGCCCAGCCGAUCACGUGUGGCCUCCAGAUUCCCUAAACUGUCUCGCAGUCAACAAAAAGAGACUCGCAACCUGGAACCACAGAGUGGAGACCUCUGACCUCCGAACCCCACCAGGUGACCUCCAGAAUCCCUGAAACCGCUCGACAGCCAACCAGCUUCAACCACUGGGGAGUCCGCAUUCCUUUCCACUUACAGAUCUGCACUGCACCACAUGGGCUUCAGAGUAAAGCUGGGGAUAAGCUUUUUGGCAAUGGCGUAGUUGACUGAUGUCAAACUAUGCCAUUUUUUAGUUUUUUGUAAAUCAAAUAUUGAUUCACACGAGUAAUAUUACAUGCAGAUAUAGAAAUAUUAGUCUGCUGGACCAAAGCUUUUCUUUUAAGUAUUAGUCAGAUUCUUUUGGUAUUUAUAGUUGUGAAUGAUAGAUAUUGAUUCACACAAAGAUUGGCAUGGAUUUUGCCUAAAUUGUGCAGAAUGUGCCACUUCAGUUGACUCAUGAAUUAAUUUAACAAAGCCAGAAAACGGAUUUAGGGAGUAAUAUUUAAGGCUGACAUUUAUUUAGUCCAUUAACCUGGUACUUGGACAGGAACAAAACAACAACAUGAAAAUGUGGCUGUAAGAUGCAGGUUCUUGUGUCCGUCCCAUGUGACAGGGGCAAAUAUCACAUCAGUCACAAUCAUCCAGUAGUUUUGGAGAAAUGAUUCUAGAAAUACAGGCAUACAGAGUCUCUUAAAGCAGCUAGCCUUGAGUAUUUACAAAUAGAAAUGCAGAUAAUAUUUAAGGACUGGUGAGAGUUUGCUCAGGAUGGAUUGACUCCAAGACUUGGCUCCAAAGGUAAAAUGGGAGUUGACUUACAACUAUUGCCACUGUCAAAAGAGAUCCAGCCCUGAAUGCUGCUCCCAAGUUGUGCUUCCAUGGCACUUUUUUAUUUCAACCAGUUUUAAACCAGAAAUUGCCUUGUUCUUCGAAAGAGGUAUUCCACAUUAACGGGCCACUGUACUGCAUGUUUCAGUGCAGUGGUUUAAAUACCCUGAUCUCUAUCUGGGACUGGUUACUGAUCAAAUACGUUUUCAUACCACCUUGGCAUAUACUCCUUUCUGUGAGUAUACAUUUGACACAGGCUACAGUAAAAAGAAUGGUCGGUGAAUUUCUUUUAGCAGAAGUAUUAAGUUAACUGUGCCUGAUUUCUGUUCUUCAUGAACAGUCGUGCACAUUGCUUGACAAGAGAUACUCUGCUAACUUGACAAUGAACGUGGCCGAGACCAGCACUAAAUGGACAUUAGUUCACUUCACAGUUCUGCAGAUGAAAGUGGAAACCCACACAGAAAGGAAAGCACUUGAAACAGCUGAGGAAAUUAUGUUCCUGCCAAUGUGGGUGAAUUUAUCAUGCCUGUGUGAGUUGGAGAGCUGUCUGUCAGAGUGCCAAGAGAACCCAAGUUCUCUACCCUUUAAUAGUUGUUUAGCAAAUCUACUGCUGAAACUACACACUUAAUUAUAUUGCACAGUAAUUAAAACUCUUGAGUAUUCAGCUACUGCAGUCAGUUCAAUAAUCACUGCAGUACACAGAAAAGGAUAACGCUCUAGGAAUCUAUGACAGGUGCACAUGUGUAUUCUAGAAUCUAAAAGAGUAACAUAUUAAAAGAUUUGGUCACUAACUAUAUUUUAUCUAUUGGAAAACCCAGCCUAAUUUCAGUGACUUUUUAAUAAACGAGAGGCGCAUUGUGUAUGUAUGCUAUGGGAAGACCAGACAACGCUUGCCCUGGGGUCUGCUGUUUGAUACCCCUGUUCUACAAGACAAGUGUAUUUACAGGGUGUAAAUCAGAGGUGAUGCUUUGUCACUGUACAGCAGAACUGGGUUUGAAAAACACAGUGCUACGGUAUGUAAAACUAAAUUGUUUUGCCUGGUAAUUAUCGUAUUUAUCUCAAUAUCAGGUACUAAACAAUGUUUAAAACUUUAAUGUACCAUGUAAGAACUGCAAAAGUGGAUUAGAAAAGUGGAUUAUUUUGAGUUUAUUGUUUAGCUUCAGAAAAUGAUUUUCAGGAAUAAAGGAAACAAUCCCUUGGCUCUGUUUGACAGUACUCUGUACUGGAUGUAUUAUAUGAUGUAAAUCCCAAAUGUUCUUGUAAAAACCAUUGUUUGAGCCUGGAGCCUGGGGGUGAUGGACCUGUAGAAAUGCCACAGUGAUGUUUCAGUGGUAGCAGACCGCACCUUUCCUUCUGACUGCCUUAACGUUUUUAUGGUUCCAUAGGAUUUUUUUUUUUUUUUUUUGCAUUACUUAUGGAUUUGUUUUGGAAAUGCAAUGUAACAAUACACACAAUGACCAGUGCCAUGGUGUGUAGUACAGUAUGUGCACAAAGGGAAAUUUGGAAUGUUCAAAAGUCACUUCGUUCUGUGGCUAUGUCAGGGGAAAGUGGGUGCUUGCAAUUGGGUAAUGUGACCCAUCGGCUGCUAGCUACUGUGGAAACAAAGGUGGGCAAAUUGAGCACCUGUAAAAAUGCUGAUGACGGCGCCCCCUUAUGACUCACACUGCCACCGCACUCCCCUCUACUGCUGCCAGGCAGAUUGUAUUUCUCGACAGCAUGCACAUAGUGGAACAAGUUCUAUAUCUGCAAUGUCAAGCUUAGUGUUAGUCAGACUAAAGAAUACGUCUAAAAUACAAAGCAUGCAAUACUUUUAUGUUAUUACAAUUAACUGUGGUAUUUAAUUUCAACAGAUACGAAUUUGGAAAAGGUCUUUUUAUUUUGUAGUUCAUUUCUCAUUCGUUUUUCUCAUUUCAGACUUAAUCUUCUAUUUAUAACCUACUAGUGGCCAUGUUUAAAGGUAGUUUUAAGUUAACCCGGUAAGAACAAUUAUAUAAACUGCUACAAGUAACACAACAAGGAUUGUAUUCCCCAGAUAGUAUUUGCAAAAAAAUUUAAUGUAAACAUUGAUAGCGAAAUUCAUGGGGAUUCACUCUGCUUAUCUAAAUUAAGAAGCAAGUGCACAUCAUGUAAAACCUGUAUUUAAAUGUUUAAAAGCAAUAUUUUUAAUGAUUAGUGGUCAGAGCUUAGAUCUUUAGCUUCAACAAGUCUCAAGUCAAAAUUGUAGCUGGAAAAUGUUUGCUAAAACCUGUCGCUUGAAAAAUUGCUAGAACAAAUUGCCAGAAAUGUUUUUCAGUUUCGCCAGCUAGAAACACACUUGCAAUAAGAACCGCAUCUAUCCAAUGGUUAGUUGGAAUCAGAAAGCUAAUAAGAGGCAGGAAAAUUGUCAUCGGAAGAUGAGUAAAACCCUGUCCCACAGUUUUUGGUAAGACUGUUGUAGAAUACCACUAAUCAAGCGAUUCACUAGCCCCUCAUAAAAUCGAAAAACUUGUUGAAGCUGUCACUGUACUUCUUUUGUACACAAGAAACUAUGAAGGCUGAACAAAAUGAUGUUUUUUAUUAUUUUGUUACAAGCGUAUGCAUGUUUUUGCUUUGUAUUUAAACAUGAACAAUUAUUUCAAGAUUAAAAUAUAAACACACCAAGUGGUCUCUGUAAUUAAUAUUGGUAGUAAUGUUGCUAAUUUGCAUGGUCGUGCAUUUGUUUAUAUCUAUGGUCUCAGUCUAGCUCUCACAGUCUGAAUGGCAGAGGGGAUCAGAUUUGGAUUGACAUGUGUGGGACAGAAAGUGCUACCCAAGCGAUCUCACCUCUGUCUGAAAUUAGUUUCUUACAGUAUUGUGCGGCCACCAUACCAUACUGGAAACUAAACAGUAAUUAAAAGCCAGCUUGAAUCUGACCUUGCUGAGUGAUUGGGGAUCCCUGCGGUAUCCGUGGAUCACUCCAAGCUCCACUGCACUAAUGAAGCAGAUGGGGACGUAUCACCUGUUGCCUGUAGAUCAGUUAUUCAGAGCUUAAUUCAGACUGGAUAAUUCGCUAAAGAGGUUGUGUUUUGCUUGGCUGUUGUGUUUGGAAUCUGUCUUGGAUGAGAUACAACAAAAAAAAAAAAAAAGAUGCGUGCUUUAGGUUAGUUAACCUGUAGCGUGGCGAGAGCUUGCACUUUAAUAUGAGUGGAUCUCUCUUUAACAGCACCUCAGUCAUUCCAACAAGACACUGUCACUUUUCUAACCAUGUUGUCACUAAUAGCUGGGUUACAGGUUCUGUCAUUUUUAUCUAAAGUGGUUACAUACUUGCCCAAGUAACAUACCAUGUGUAUGUAAUGGCAAUCAGAAUUUAAGGGGGAAGGAAGCUUGUGUCCCUACAGCUACACUGGACUGUCAAUGAGGUAUCCUUCCUUUUUGAUAAAGCUCAAUAUGGCUAAUAUAUGGAAGGAUGUUGUAAACAGACACUAAAGCAUCAUAGCAGUGGAUGGAAGUCCCGGACUUGCCAUUGAUAUGUCUUGGCUUUCCUCUUUCAGGAUGCCUGUUUGUUGCUCUAAAUUUCCCCAGCCUGCCUUACCAUGACACCUCCUUUCGUGGUUCUCUUUUGUGAGCUGAAGAAUGAUGACAGGCUCAGCUCUUCAUUCUGUUUCCCGCCUCUCUUAUUCUCCUGUGUGCUGUAGCUCCGUUUUGUUAACAGGAAAUUUACAAAUAAGUUACAUUCGUCCAGAGUGAAGUGCCCGGACUGCUGUGGGAGUUGUGCUACUCUGCUUUCAUUUGUCAAGGUCUUUUAUAUUAAAUACCUGCCUGAAGUAAGAUGGAGAAUUAAGCAAUUUGGUUUUGCCCGGGAGGCUCCAUUAACCUGCUUUUACACAGCUGCUUCUGUCAAGAUAUUUACUUUGUGUAUCUGUCAAGCUUUCUCUCGCUCUCUGGUAUAGAAAUGUGUUUCUCUCCAUAGUGCUGUAUGUCAAUAUUUAUUUUUUGUCAAGUUUUUGACAUACGCAAGGAUGUUUUAUACUUCUGUUAUGUUCCCAUAGUCAUUUACCAUGUUUUUGUUCCUGAAACAUGUGCCACAAUAAUUUCAGUUUUCCAGACUACACAUUUACCAUACCGUGUACCAUGUUUUUACAAUGUUUACCUAUGCUUAUUUUUUUUUUUAUUUAUAAUACUUUCCUCUUCUUUGCCAUGCUUUAUCUGUUUCUGUUUAACUGAUGCAAAUGGUUGAUUUAUGGGAAAAAAAAUAUAUUUAACCAUAAAACAAAAAUCACCAUAAAAUUGUAUCCAUAGUUACAGACUUAGUGUGUUUUUUUUGUUUUUUUUUUAAUUUCCUGCUUCAAUUUUAAUAGAGGAGUUUAAACCAUUUAUGAAUAUAACUCACCAGAACCAACUGAUCUAUUUUUGAGCUCACUGUUGAAAAUGCAUCCAAAAAAUGUAUUUGCAAUUAUGCCAAUUAUUGAACUUGCUUCUGAAAAUGUGCAUUGUUUCCGCUUAUCAGUAUUGCAUAUUGCAUACGUUUUACUCUGCUGUUAUUCUGAAACCAGAAGAAAUGGAACUUGCAGAUAUUCAUAACCAGGUAAGAGCAGAUAAAUUAACAAGCCUUUAUAUUUGUGCCUGUAUUUUUUUCCUGGCUUAAAUAGUUGCACUUAUGAUAUGGAGUAAAAAGCAUUGAGAAUCUAGCCAAGAAUGUUUCAUGGAGGGAAGACCCUUGCAGUUAAAAUUACCUUUAGAGAAUUGGCAUGCUACUGGGCAGAGGCGGGGCACACGGCAGGAUUUCGACGCUUUAUUCUUCAUGGGUUAUCUGUUGCACUCGCACUUCCUGGGUCAUUUCACCUCAGCAGUGGGUCAACGCAUGUUACUGGCCGAAAGCAUGCCCAUCAGUAUGGGGAAGCAGCUGACUGGUUAUCGACGGAAAAGUGAAGAGGUGGGGACAGUUUUGCUCUCCAGGUGAAAUGCCCCAGGAAGUACAAGCCAGUCUAAAAGCAUGGCUUGCAAGCAGAGUUGUUUUUAACAGAGUGUAAUGCCAGAUACUGAAAAUACAUACUUGCUGUAAGAUGUGUUUCUUUCAAAACUGCACAUUUGAGACCAAUGUAAUAAAUUGAUGUGCAUAGCAGAGAUGUUUUUUGGAAGUACUAUGUUAGCUACAAUUAGUUCACCCUCGACCUUGCUUCUAACAGUUCAUUCUCUUUCUGUUUCUAUGAUUGAAACAACUUCUUGUUUAAAUGAAGCUGUCAGUCCCAGACAAAGGAAGAUGCAUACUGUUAAGUAAAAAAAUAAUUUCAUUAGAUAUCCAAUUUGCUUGCGGCCCUUAUUUUACAUUAAAACCCUUCUUUAUUGCUGAUCAGAAUGCAUGUGCUUUAUGAACGUUUUUGUUAUUACAGAUGAGAGACAAGACAGAAACUGUGCUUUAAUGACACACACUCAAACACACGGGCACACCACUUC